AUGUUUGGGAUUCAGGAACAUUUACCCAGAGGAGGGCCUGACAUCAAAGACAAAUCGACUGGCGGUGGAAUGGAGGCGGUUAGGUCUUGGGUCCGGACUGUAGGCGUGGUGGCGGCCAACGUAGCGGCUCAGAGCGGCGUGGCUUUGGCCAGAGCGCACUUCGAGAAGCAGCCUCCGUCUAACUUGAGAAAGUCCAAUUUCUUCCACUUCGUUCUGGCCCUUUACGACAGACAGGGGCAGCCGGUGGAGAUCGAGAGAACAACCUUCACAGACUUCGUGGAGAAAGAUUUGGAGCCGGGGAACGAUAAGACGAAUAACGGGACACAUUAUAAGCUUCAGUUGCUUUACAGUAAUGGUGUGCGGACGGAGCAGGAUCUCUAUGUGCGACUCAUUGAUUCCGUGACCAAACAGCCAAUUGUCUACGAGGGUCAAAAUAAAAACCCAGAAAUGUGCCGGGUGCUUCUCACUCAUGAAGUGAUGUGUAGCCGCUGUUGUGAGAAGAAGAGCUGUGGCAACAGGAACGAGACUCCGUCGGACCCUGUCAUCAUUGACAGAUUCUUCUUAAAGUUCUUCCUCAAGUGUAAUCAGAACUGUUUGAAAACAGCGGGGAACCCUCGGGAUAUGCGCCGAUUCCAGGUUGUGUUAUCUACAACACUCAACGUUGAUGGGCAUGUGCUGGCUGUCUCGGAUAACAUGUUUGUGCACAACAACUCGAAACACGGACGCAGAGCCCGGCGCCUGGAUCCCACAGAAGCUACACCAUGCAUCAAAGCAAUCAGUCCCAGUGAAGGAUGGACCACUGGAGGUGCCAUGGUUAUCAUUAUCGGGGACAACUUUUUCGACGGAUUGCAAGUUCUUUUUGGUACAAUGCUGGUUUGGAGUGAGCUGAUUACUCCCCACGCCAUCCGAGUGCAGACCCCCCCUCGACACAUCCCCGGAGUGGUGGAAGUCACACUGUCCUACAAGUCCAAACAGUUCUGCAAGGGUGCUCCAGGAAGAUUCAUCUACACAGCCCUGAAUGAGCCCACAAUAGACUAUGGAUUCCAGAGGCUGCAGAAGGUCAUCCCGAGGCACCCUGGUGACCCAGAAAGACUAGCAAAGGAAAUGUUAUUGAAGAGAGCAGCAGAUCUUGUAGAGGCCUUAUAUGGAGGACCUCCAAAUAACCAGGAAAUGAUCCUGAAGAGAGCUGCCGACAUCGCGGAAGCGCUGUACAGUGUUCCACGUACGCCCAACCAGCUUCCCGCCCUCUCUAACACUCCCAGCCACAGUAGCAUGAUGAGGAUGAACUCAUACAGCGGCCAGCUGGGAGUCAGCAUCUCAGAGUCCGCACAGGGCAACAGCCAAGUCGGUUACAUCCACAACAGCAGCAGCAUCUCUCCCCGGGGCUAUGCACCCACCCACUCACCACAACAGUCAAACUAUAGCACAGUUGGCGGUAACAUCAAUGGCUACAGCAACGUGCCAAUGUCGAACCUCGGUGUGCCCAGUUCCCCAGGAUUCCUAAACAGCUCUCCCGCCAGUUCACCCUAUGGGAUGAAACAAAAGAGCGCAUUUGCACCGGUGAUCCGACCCCAAGAGUCCCCCUCCCCAGCCUGCUCCAGUGGGAACGGAAGUGGAUUCCGAGCCAUGACUGGACUCGUAGUUCCUCCAAUGUGAGACUGUUCUCUCCUGUCACUAUAUCGCAUUCCAAGGAGCAAAGUUCACCCACUACAAAAAC